ACGCAAGCUUCAUUUAAAUCUCCAGAUAAGACAGCUCGGCCGCUUGAACUGGACUCUCUUGCCAGUCACCUGCACUUCGCGAUCUUUUCCCUGCCUCUUCAGCCAGCCCACUAUGUUCUCACUCUCUCUCCGUCCUGCUGCCCGCUGAGCCCUGCCCCCCAGCACACCAGCACGGCUCGAAUAUUCCCCCAACAUCACAAACGUCACGACUAGACCGCCGCCCUUUCCUCAGACGAACGAACCGAAAAUUUAAAGAAGACAAUGUCCUCCCCGCUCCACUCAGCAGCAACUCCCUUCCUCCCCGCCAUCACCUCCCUCCCGACCCUCUCCGACACAGCCCUGACCUCCACCAUCGACCUCCUCUUCGAGCCCUCGCCAGACCUGCACGCCCUGGCCCUGCCGACGGUCCGCGCGCUAUCCUUCGCCUCGUACGACGACCUCAUCGCGACGCUGCGCACCCAGCUCCUUGAUCUCACUUCUGCCGUGAGGGGCGACGAGGAAGGGAGGGGGAGGAGGACGUUGUACGGGAUAUUGGGGAGUCAUCCCCGGCUGGGGGAGAAGAAGAACAAGGGUGUACAAGGGGAAGGGCAAGGGGGUUUGAGUCAGUUGAGUGCGGAGGAGCAGAGGCAUUUGAGGGAGGAGGACGAGGAGUUGGCUGGGUUGAAUCGGGAAUAUGAGGAAAGGUUUCCAGGGCUGAGGUAUGUGGUGUGGGUGAAUGGGCGCGGGAGAGGGGAGGUGAUGGCGGAUAUGAGAAGGAGGAUUCGGAGGGGGGAUAUCAGGGAGGAGGAGAAGGAGGGGAUUCAGGCCAUGUGCGAUAUUGCGGUGGACAGGGCGCACAAGCUGGUGAAGAAGGCGGCUGAAGAGGCCGCAGGGAGCAGUCAGGGCUGAGGUGGAUGCAUGUGCUGGAUACAGGACUGGGCGUGUGACGUUUUCUACCGGAAGGGGGGUCGGGAACAGGGAGUACCGGGGAGGGCGACAACCCGGCAGCUCA